UUGAACACAAUGUAGUGUUUUAGUGAUAGCAUUGAACUGUUUGGUGAACAGUGUUUGUAAUGCAAUACAACUAUAAUGUCAUUCAAACACUAAAAACACUGUUUAUAUGACUCUAUGUUUACUCAUCUCCAGACUUGUCUCGGGUUAACCAUUGAUGGCAAUACUUGUCAUGUUUUGAUAAAGUGUUGACCAAUUAGUCCAAACAAUGGAUCAUUCGGUGAAAGCAAUGAAUAGUCACCGAAAGGUGGUGUUUUCAAGACUCUUUAACCGACGACGCUUUGAAAGUAAAGAACUGGAAGACCUGUACCAGAGAUACAUCUUUAAACUGCAACAGUCGUCUAUUAUGAGUGUAUUGGUCCUCUUCAUCAUCUUAACGGCUACUUUAGCCACUCUUCAUAUAUACUACGAGAAAACAGUGACACUGAUCGGUCUAUACUGUCUUUUGCAAUGUCUGGCAUUCAUCGGACUGUUUGUGUUGUCGUUUAAGAUGCAGGACAGCCAACUGCUGGCACUUUGUUAUGUGAUAUUAUUAUUCUUUGUCCUCUUCUGUCUAAUCUUCGCUCCCGUUAACCUCAAGUUAGUGUACACUGACCCGAACAGUGGCCAUAAUGACAGUGGUGUUGUGGACAACUCGACAGUGGACAGAGUGGACAGUGGUGUUGAUCCGUGGUUUGUGUCUCGACUGUGGAAUGUCGACCAUUUGGCUGCAGAAGGYGUUUGGCAGAUAGUUUUUGUCACAUUUGUCACAUACACUAUGUUACCAAUUAAAACCAGAAUCUCACUCUUGAUGGCAGCGACUCUUGCUUUGACUCACAUUGUCAUCACUGCUACCAAUACAAGACAUCACUUAAAUAACACAUUAGUUUUACAACAGAUAAUAGCAAAUGUGGUGAUAUUUCUGGCGGUUAAUAUGAUUGGUUUGUUUGCACAUAAUUUGAUGGAAAGAGCCGGAAGAAAGGCCUUUUUGGACACAAGAAAUUGCAUUAACGCGAGACUAGAGAUGGAAGACGAGAAUGAAAAACUCGAAAGACUUCUCUUAAGUGUUUUACCGCAACACGUGGCGAUGGAAAUGAAAGCCGAUAUACUGUCACCCCGAGAGUUGGGACAGUUUCACAAGAUUUACAUCCAGAAGCACGAAAAUGUCAGCAUUUUGUUCGCAGAUAUAGUUGGCUUUACAGUACUGGCCUCUCAGUGCACCGCUCAAGAGUUGGUCCGAUUGCUCAAUGAAUUAUUUGGUCGCUUCGAUCAAUUGGCUAAUGAUAAUCAUUGUUUGAGAAUUAAAAUUCUUGGGGAUUGCUAUUACUGUGUCAGUGGUCUACCGGAGCCGCGUUCAGACCACGCAAACUGUACCGUUGAGAUGGGACUCGAUAUGAUUGACGUGAUUGCAGACGUCACUGAAUCUACAGAUGUCAACCUUAAUAUGAGAGUCGGUUUACAUACGGGUCGUGUCCUCUGCGGUGUUCUCGGCUUAAGGAAGUGGCAAUACGAUGUCUGGAGCAAUGAUGUCACACUCGCCAACCAAAUGGAAGCGGGAGGAGUGCCCGGAAGGGUUCACAUAACUCAAGCAACACUMGAUUGUCUUCACGGAGAAUAUGAAGUGGAGAACGGUUUUGGAUCGGAAAGGAAUAGCUAUUUGCGUGAACACUGUGUUACCACUUAUUUCAUUGUUCCGCCACUUCAUCGACGAAAGCCAUUUUUAUUUAAUACAUUACAAGUGCGUCAAUUGGCUGCCGGAUCGGCUAAACGGAAGCUGUCCUUUAAAAACGUAUCCAAUGUUGUCAUUCAAUUAUUGCAUUCAAUUAAAUACAAUAUAGACGUCCCCUUCGCUAAUAUGGCAAUGAUUCCGACGGUUAAUCUUCAGUCAACAACUCUCGACAAUCCUUUACCAAAAAAAUUUAAAGUGACUGAUAAGUUGCGCAAACCAUUUAAAAAGAGGCAUUCAGUUGUCUACCAUCAGGGAACCAAUCGGGUUAACAAAUACUUGGCUCAGGCUAUCGAUGCUCGCAGUGUUGACAGAGAAAAGUCAACUCAUGUUAAUGUCAUAACCUUAUGCUUUAAAGACAAAUACAAAGAGCGUCAAUAUCAUGAAGAGAAAGAUCUAGGCUUCGGUAUGGCGUUGGCCUGUGCUAUGGGUGUCCUUAUAUUGUUGGCAACACUUCAGAUUGUUAUACUUCCCCGAACUCUAAUUCUGGUCAUAUUAUUCUUAGUGGCCUUCGUUUGGAUCUCUGUUUUAUUGAUUCUUGUUUUAGGCGCUCGUCUUCAGUGCGUUUGUUGGGAUAUCUCAAAGCACUUUCUGUUACGUUUGGGAAUAAUGAUCUUCACGGUUGUCAUAAUUUAUUCAGUGGCUCAGGUCAAUGUGUUCACAUGCCUUGAAGAUGCAGUUUGUGAUACAACUAAAGGAAUUGAUGAUAAACUUGUUAUAGAUGACCACCGUUUGUGUCCAUUUCCUCAUUAUAUUAUAAUGAGUUGCAUCUUAGCUUUCUUUCCUUUGGUUAUAUUCUUGAGGUUACCGAUGAUGCUUAAGGCAGCACUACUUAUACCAAUGGCCGCUGUCUUCCUUAUUGUCAUUGAAUUCACUCACAACAGACUAUUUCAAUGCACUUAUGAAUUUGAUGUACCGCUCAAUAUAACGGGACCCGUCAUUAUAAUGCACUUUGUUUUUGCCGUUUUAAUUCACGGACGACAAGUCGAGUGGACGGCUCGUCUCGACUUCUUGUGGAACUCUCAGGCUUACGAAGAAAAGGCAGAUAUGAAUGAAUUACAGAGCAGUAAUCGACGCAUACUUUUCAAUCUUUUGCCAUCACAUGUGGCCACACACUUCCUCGACAAUCAAUUCAGAAAUAAUAUGGAUCUCUAUCAUCAAUCAUACACUAAAGUCGGUGUUAUGUUUGCAUCGAUACCUAAUUUUAUGGAGUUUUAUAUUGAAUUAGACGGCAAUAAUCAGGGCGUUGAAUGUCUUCGUCUAUUAAAUGAAAUAAUAGCCGAUUUUGAUGAAUUGUUGGAUCACCAACAGUAUAAAGCCAUCGACAAGAUUAAGACAGUUGGCAGUUGUUAUAUGGCAGCCAUUGGACUGAUUCCAGAAUACAGAAUACCUGAAAACGACACGACAUUUGCCGCCCAAUGUAUGAGUUGUUUAGUGGACUUAGUAUUUGAAAUGAGAGAACGUUUGGCGGAAAUUAACGAAAACUCUUACAAUAACUUUAUGCUUCGCAUCGGUCUUAAUAUAGGACCCGUUGUGGCCGGAGUUAUAGGCGCUCGUAAGCCUCAAUAUGAUAUAUGGGGCGAUACUGUCAACUUAGCCUCGAGAAUGGAUAGUACAGGUCUACCUAAUUAUACUCAAUGUACUGAAGCUGUCUAUCAAUUACUUAAGGAGUGUCCGUAUGAGUUUCAAUGUAGAGGAAGAGUUAAAGUUAAGGGAAAGGGAGAGAUGACUACAUAUUUUUUAAUCGAUCGUAAAAACCAAAAGACUUGCAAUAAUUAUGAAUUUMUUAAUUCUGCAAAUAAUGACUGYAACAGUAAAUCAAUGAAUUUACUUAAUAGUGAUAUUAAUAAUAGCUUAACAAACAACUCAAAUAAUAAAGUCAAGUCAAAUAUACCAAUUAAUGGCAAUAAAACCAAUUUUGCAAAUCCGCCAAUAAUUCAAUCAACGAAAUAUCCCAUAAAGAUUGCAAAUAUUACUAAAAGAGCUGAUUCUAUACCCAGUUAUAACCCACCGAAGCCCAUCAUAACAGAUAUGGCCUCAAGACCUAAAUUCAGUCGAUCUCCUCUAAAUACUCUCAGCUUUUCGAUUACUGAAGAACUUUCAUUACCUGACUCAGUGUCCCAUCAAAACAAAGGCGAUGUCUGGGAGACACUUAAAGAGUUGAGUGCAUCUGUUCCUCCGCCUCCACUUGAAAGUGAUCACUUGGUUUCCAAUCACGACAUUCAACGACUAACAGGUGUCCAGGAAACCAAUUUGGAUGACAUAACACCUCCAUUACCGCCCAAAAACAAUUCAAACAAAAAGCCUUUUCAUAAUUCUUUACUUAGAAAUAGCGCUCAAAAUUCAAAACCAACGAAUGUUUGUCUGUCUCCGACUUAUUCAGAAAAAGCUGUCUCUUUAACUGAAACUAAUUGUGCAACUGUUGAAAGCCGUGAAAGUUUAGAUGAUAUGGAUUGUGACCCAACUCAGGCCACAUCUGCCAGAGGAACGGGUAGACCAUCUUCUGUUGACGAAUCAUCGUUUUAUCAUUCGUCGUCUUCAUCAGAUGUGGCGCCCGUUACCGAUGCAGAGACCACAUACGGUGGUCUAACGCGUACUGAUUUAGACACACCAUCGCCAGCAUUCAAUCGCCAUUCUGGUGGUUCCGCUAGUCUUCAAUGGGUUUAUCCAAAUAUGGAACAAAAAUCAGAAGCGGAUCAUUCAUUUGUUCGGAUGUCUAAUAGAGACGAUUACUAUAUGUUCGGUCAAAAUAAAGACUCAAAAGAUUGCAAACCAAAGACAGAACAACCUUUAAAUAGUAAAAGACAUUAUCUUCACAUUCAUUAUCAUAAUCAUCCACAGAACUCACACAAUGCAACUAAUGAUAUCACAAAAUAUUCAAAUACUAAAAGUCAUGGCACUUCGGGGCCAACACAUUCCGGCUCCUAUAAGAGUGACGGUUCUUCCGGUACUAAUAGUGCCCGAAGAAGACAUCGAAAUAAUAGAAAGGAUCGGACAAAAUAUGAAGAUGACAUCAAUGUUCCGCUUCUUUAUAAGAAUUCACUCAUUGGAAGAACAGUUACGAGUGAUACCGAGGAAGAGCUCGAUGUGAACCUAAUUGGAGCCGCUUCGGCGUCACGAAGAAGAUGUGACCAAAUUAGACGAUCGCCAUCUUUUGGGUCAAACUCAUCACGCAGUCAACGAAAGGGAAGUCUUCCCGAUUAUUAUAAGUCAAAUUCAAACUCAAAAUACGGUAAAAUUUUACCAAAAAAGUUGCCGUCAAUGGAGAGUAUGUCCAAACAAAAUGUAGAAUAUUCGCCACAAAUGCGGAAAAAAGGUUCGCUUCCAAUGAUACCACUCCAAGAAAUUCGAAAUGUUGGCAAAUAUUUUAAUGAAUUUGAUCCUAAAAAUGAUAACAAUAUACUGACAAACAAUUUACAGAUUAGCUUUGAAGAAGAAGAUAGAAAUGAACCGAACUGUGAUGUAUUGAUUGCCACUAAUAAAGACAAUCACAACGAACAGGAACUUAUCAAAAGCAAAGCUCUUAAAUCAAAGGCCGACACACUCUUGGAAAUGGCAGUAGACUUGGCUGAACUCGAGGAACAAUUGCAAAGCAGUACGUCUUCAGGUCUGAAGGCCUAUCGAUUUCCAUUAGAAGACAUUGAUUUUUCUAAAAGGGAACAAAAAAUUAAUAAUAAAAGUGAAAAUAAUUUAAAUUUAAAACAAUUCGCACAACGAAGACAUGCAAAGGAAUCGGAAUAUGAAAACAUAGAUUCCGAUGACAUUCCCUUAUUUAAUGACAACUAUGAUGAAGACGAAGAUUACAAUAAAUUAGAUGACAAUCAAUUAGAUGAUCGAUUGGCAAGUGAUGAAUGUGAYGACCAUUCAUUGCCGGAAUCAAAUCAAUUGUUUGAUAAGACUUGUGAUGACAGUGUUGUCGGAUUGGAUGGACUGUCAGUUAUGAAUGACGCUGGACUUACUGAUGCCGAGGGAGCGCUUAGUGAAGUUAAUUCAUUGUUAAACGAUGGACAUGAAGGAGAUAUGGAUGACACGAGUAUGUCUUCGAGAUCUAAUGCCAGUUCACGAAUGCUCGAUAAUAUUGACUCAAUUAAUCUCAUGUAUGACUCGGAAUUUGAAUAUCCGGCGGCUAAUAGACAUAUGAGACCAGAUAUCUUGUCAGAUGAUGACUGCUUUAAUGUGGAUCCGGACAAUGAUUUAAACAUUAAUUAUUUGGAAGGACAGCAUUCGGGCGUCAAUUUAGUGACUCCGAACACUUUAGCCGAACGAUUGGAAAACAUUCGUAUUAUGACUAACAAUAUUACCCGAAAUUUCGGUCAAACGAAGGCCAAUGCUUUGCGUAGACAACCGGACGAAACCGAUGAUUCCGAGGCUUAGGUGUCAAUCAUUCACUGAUUUUUCCCUUCAAAAUAUCACUCAUUUGAAGGCUUGAGUGCCAAAUAUGUUAUAAUUUAGAAACAAUAAUAAUGUUUCCGUUUAUUGUUAUAUAUAAUGUUUAAAAAUAAUUAUUAAGAUUAAUAUUUUU